UGCCACGGACUGAUCAUGGGCUGUGGAGAACCACUUCAGCUGGUGGAAGUGAAGGGGGGAAACCUGGUGGUUCUUGAAGAUUCCUUCCAAAGGAGCUUGAUGAGGAAAGAGAUAGCUGACCUGCCUGUAUGUGUCAUCUCCAUUAUUGGGAAACAGCGCAGGGGCAAGUCCUUCCUGCUCAACUAUCUGCUGAGGAGACUGGAGAAGCUGGACUCUGCUGAUGAUUCAUGGAUGGGAAAAAGUGAUGAACUCCUCACGGGAUUUUCAUGGUCCUGUGGAAUGGAGAGGAUCACCAAGGGAAUAUGGAUAUGGAGCGAACCUUUUCUCCUGGACAGAAAGACUGGAGACACCAGGGACAAGGUAGCUGUGUUCCUGGUGGACACAGAAGGUACCCUGGAUGUUACCACAGAUAAGGACACCAUUGUGAAGAUCUCUACCAUUAGUAUGUUGCUCAGCUCCUUCCUGAUCUUGAACACGAACAAGCUGGUGGGCGAGACCGAUAUAGAGUACCUGGAGUUGUUUCUGGACCUUGCCAAGGAGCUGAGAAAAACUUUGGAGUGGCAGCCAAUGCAGCAUUUGGACAUUCUGGUGAGGGAUUGGUAUGAUGCUUCUCGGUGCUCGACUGCUGAUGGGGAAGAAUAUCUGGAGAGGAUCAUCCAGAAAAUUCAGACGAAUUCCAAGUUCCCAGAUAUUCUGGAGACUCUGAAGUCAAGUGUGUCCUGCCACCUGCUGCCAAGUCCAGGGCUCCAAAUUCCUCGCAGCCAGCAAGGGACACUUAAGGAGAUGGAUCCUGAGUUUAGAGACAACUUAAAACUAUAUGUAAAUUUCCUCCAUAAUUCAGCUGGACAAUAUGCAAAAAAAAAUAUGAGGGAACACUUUGUGGAAAAGAUUAAGAGGGUGGUAGAAGACCUUAAUGAGAGAGAAUGCUACCUUGGAUCUCCAGUACAGCUGAGAAGAACCAUCAAGAGAUUGAAGAAGGAGCUAGAGAUGGACAGAAUCCUAAAGGAGUUUCGGGAAUUUCUUGAUGAAAAGGUGUCUUCUUUUGGCUGGUUCAGUCUGGAUCUUCCCAGGUUGGAGCAAGAUGUCCGAAGGGAGUGUGCUACCCUUUUGGAGAGAUUUACAGCUUCUCUGCAAGGGGUAGAGGCAAGAGAUGAGCUUCAGAAGGAACUAAAGAUCAAAUUGGAGGAAGUUGCGGAAACAUUCCUGAAACAAGUCAGGGGCCGAUUUUCAAAUAAAAUCAGAGCUGCCAUUAAUAGCUUUCAGGAAUUUCUAAGAGGAGCAAAGCUAAGAGCAAGGAAAAACCUUGGAGAAUCUGUAAGGAUCAUUAGGCAACGACUAAAAGAUAUUUUGCAGACUAUCAAACGGACACCGGAUGCAGUGUAUUUAUUAUGUGCAUUGGUUCUUGUGACUGAGAUGGUCAGAGUGUUCCUGCCUCCGGUAUGGUUAGGAAUAUGGCUUUUGGUAUGUGCAGGGGGGUUAGCAGCUGUGUUUAGUUCCCAUAGGAAUGGGAGAUACUGAUAGGGUUUCUGGACAAUGGUAUUUUAAAAAGGAUUUGUACUGGCAUCCUCCUUGCUCUAGUCAUUGCCGCCCUUUAUGUCUAAUCCCCAAACAGAAGGGGCAGGUUAGUCUGCUGAGGCCUCUGGGAUGGCUAAAAAAAAAUGGCUCGAUGUGAUUUCUUAUCUGGUAUUUCAACUCACACCUGGGUAAAGAGGAACAGAGAAGAUGACUCCCUUUCCCAUUCACCCUCUCCCCCUCACACACUCUCAGCUUUUAACUUAACCUGAAAGUCAGAAAACCUUACUCUUCUCUAAUUCUUUGGAUCCUUGGUGAUUCAUUCAUUCAGUCAUAUUUAUUGAGGGCUUACUGUGUGCAGAGCACUGUACUAAGCACUUGGAAAGUACAAUUAAGCAACAAAUAGAGGCAAUCCUUGCCCACAGCUGACUCACUUGUCACCUUGGCCUUUAGUUUCCCCAUUUGUACAUAGGGACAAUGUCUUUCUUCCAUUCCCCACCUGCCUAUGCAAAUACUUUUGGUUCACUCAAGCUGAAUUUCAAAAUGCUAGCUUCAAAUCCCCUUUAACUGGUGUUUGAGUCAGUUAUCUUUUGGUAGCCAUCCUUCCGUUUGAAAGGUUAGACUGCAUACAUGAGUGUGAGCGUGAAGUGUGCAGUUUGCACCUUGCACUAACAACUUGAUAAGUUCUUCGGCAUAUUCAUUCAUUCAUUCAAUCGUAUUUAUUGAGAGCUUACUG